GUGUCGAGCUCUUUAGAGACAGGGAACCAUCUUAUAUUAUGGUUGUUUUUCUACGCAAGCCACUUUGAGAACUUUUUCGAAAAGUGAUAUUCUAUCCAGAGGAGUAGUAGUAGUAGUAGCAGCAGCAGCCGCCUCCCAGAGAUAAACUAAGGACAUGCAGCAGAAGGAUCAAGGAGUGGAGGAGGACCUUCCCUCCUCCCUGUCUUUGCGACCUGCUGCGUCGUUCCUCCAGACGAAGAGAGAAGUCCAAAGGGCGUGACGCCGUCGGCCCGCGCUCGUUAUGCAGACCAAGCCCACAGGCGGGCUUGCUCUGCUGCGGAGAUGAGCCUCAGGGUUGACGGGAGGGCCUGACCCAACCAAGCAGUGAAAGCCCGCCCCUCUCGGCGCUGUUUGCCCGCCCCUCAGUCCCCAGCCCACUCCCAGCCUGUGCCGACGUGGCCGGGCGGAGAGAGGAAGGUGCAGGGGGCGCGCCAGGCAGGCAACGGCUCAGCGAAUUUUAAAAUAUGUCAGGUGACACAAGUGAUGUGUUGACUGAAGAAAAAAAUGAAGAAAUAUUGGAACCUAGCCUUAAUGUUCCAGUUUCUGAAAUGGAGGUACACAGUAGAAAGGCAGAGCUUUUACCCCCACAAGAUGAUGAGAAGCAAGUUUCUGAAAGCUCCAACAAUAAACAUGAAGACCACCUGUCCACCUCAGAUCAACCUUUGAAUGAGGAGCAUUCUAGUGGAGACAUAGCAGAGAAUGUUCCUGCUGAAUGCAACGAAUCUGUGAACCUUGAAGCAGAACCUGGAUCUGAAGUACUGAAUGAACAGAGUGGCACAGACAGGGAUUCACCACCUAAAGGACGUGGAUGGACAACUUGGGGGUCCUGGGGCAAGUCCCUGCUGUCGACGGCAUCUGCCACUGUUGGGCAAGGAUUAACAGCAGUUAAGGAAAAAGCAGCUACUCUCAAAAUUCAUGGUUCGUCUUCUGGACCUUCAGAAGAUGUACAUCCUGACACAGCUGAAAGUCCUGUGACAGACUUGGAAGAGGCCACACAGCAAAGCCCUCUAGGAAACACACCUUCUCCUUCAUCUCCUUCUGGGUCACAUGGAAUGUUUUCAACCAUCACAAGUGCUGUACAGAAUACAGGUAAGAGUGUCUUAACUGGUGGUCUUGAUGCCUUGGAGUUCAUUGGCAAGAAAACCAUGACUGUCCUUGCGGAAACCGAUCCUGGAUUUAAGAAAACCAAGAUACUGAUGGAACGAACAGUUUCUUUAUCUCAGCUGUUGCGAGAAGCAAAAGAGAAAGAGAAGCAAAGACUGGCCCAGCAAGUCACAUUCGAAAGGACAGCACAUUAUGGGCUGCUUUUUGAUGAGUUUCAGGGCCUGUCUCAUCUGGAAGCUCUAGAAAUCCUGUCUAAUGAAAGUGAAGCCAAGAUACAGUCCUAUUUAGCAUCACUUGAAGGAGAAGAGUUGGAAACAACAAAAAAUGCUUUAAUUGCUAUUAAAGCAAUCUUUCUUACACAAGAGUCAGAUAAUGAAGACAAUGAAGCAAAGAAAGCAAAUAUGGGAGAUGAGUUUGUAAUCAUAUUUACAGAACUGCUAUUUGAACUACAUGUUGCUGCCACUCCUGACAAACUUAACAAGGCUAGAAAGAAAGCUUAUGAUUGUUUGGAAGAAGCCUCUCUCACCACAUCUAUAGAAACAGAACAGAACCCAGAAAAUAAAACUAAAGAAGAAAAUAGUGAUGAAAAUCCUCAAACAGGAGAAUCUGGCAACAGAGAAGAAAAAAAGAAUAAAACCAUUGAGGAAAUCUACAUGUUAUCUAUUGAAAGCCUUGCUGAGAUAACAGCCCGUUGCAUUGAGCAGCUUCAUAAAUUAGCAGAAUUAAUUCUUCAUGGGCAAGAAGUGGAAAAGCCUGCCUUGGACCAAGCAAAAGUUUUAACAAAUUUGAUAAGUACAAUGUGUAACGAAGUAUCAUCCCUAUCAAAAAAAUGUUCUGAGGUUUUAACUUCAACUGGGAGUGACAAAAAAGCUGAAGUCCUUAACCCAAUGGUCAAUAGUGUACUGUUGGAGGGCUGUAAUAGCACCACUUACAUUCAAGAUGCCUUCCAGUUACUGCUUCCAGUUCUUCAGAUCUCCCAUAUUAAUUGUUUGAAAACGCAACAGUGACCAUCUCCCAUCUAAAAGAGUCAUUGACCUAAUCUUUCAGUUGUAUGUGUAGUUCAAAAACAUGUCUGACGCUGUUAGGCCACCAAGGCGCCCUUUAAGAACACUAAAUGCAGUUUUGCACAUGUAUUACUGUAUAAUAUUUUCAUAUUUAGUUAGAACUCUUUAAAUACAGUGGCUGUUAUCCUGUCUAAAAUUUCAGUGGGAAUUCCAUUGAGUAAUAUAGUCAGGAUGUCAGCCAUUGUUACUAUAAUAGAAAAACCUUUGUUUCAAAUUCUUUGCAUUAAUUUAAGGUAAAAUCUCGUAUUUCCAUUGUUGUUGGUUGAAAUAUAGAGCUCUUUAUCCUUUUUUAAUAUUGACGUACUAAAUAACUGACACCCCAUUUUGAAACAUUUGCACUGGCCUUAAUUGCCUGCAGCAAUGAAGUAGAACCCCUUGCUGCAUUUAAUGUGCUGAUGCAGAUUUGGCACUCUCCAGAUUAAACAUUUUGUGGUUGCUGGCAGAGUGAGGAUUUGCAGUCAAUAGAAUGAGACAAUCUCAAGCAUGGACAGGGCAAUCUAGUUUGUCCCCUCUAUGCAAAAAUGCAUGGAUGAAGGGGAGGGGAAGAAGAAUGCAGCAGGGGAUUGGAUCUCAUUUUUUAAAAUUUCAAAAGUACUUUUUAAUAUCAUUUUUAAAUAUUUUCACUUUGGCUUAGAGGUAAUACAACCAUUUCCUUGCCUUAAUAGUGUCAUGAAUGAAUAAAAAUGUUUCUUUCAUAGAUAUGAAGUCAUAAUCUCAUAUGCAGGAAAACUAUAAAAUAUUUGUUGCUAAUUCACCUCAGAGACCAGCAUGAAUCAAUUAUGUCAACUGCUCAUAUCCUCAGUAGUCUCUGAGGGCCACCAUGCGAGGAUCGGUAUUAUACUUCCUGGUCUGGUCUAGAAAUUCUCUGCUGCCAUUGCCACUCGUUGGCAAUUGCCAAUGUGUGGUUGUCAAAACCUCAUUCCCACAUGUGCCAAAAUUGCUACUGUUUACUUGAGGUUUUUGCUAUGGGAAAUUCUGAUGGACACCAGUUAAGACAAAGCAAUAGUGUUUGCCACUAAAGUAUGGAGCUGCUCUCAUAUGUCAGUUUCUGGUUUUAUUUUUAUUGUUUAGCCAUUACAAAAACCUUUUGAAAUAACUUUAAAACAGUAUGAAAGAUUAACACUACUUUAAACAUUCAAAAGUCUGUGACACAACCAGUAACAUUUAAUAAAAAAAAUUCUUGGCUUGACUAAUGCAGGUAGAAAAGUAGCAGCUCUUUCCAUGAUCCUAGAAGCUCUAGAGCCAUUGUCGAAGAGCAAAUAAUCUAUCUUGUGAAGAGCAGACCAUAUAACACAGGUCUUUAAAAGGUCAGCAAGAUAUUUCUCUUAUUGUAUGCCUUUGAAUGAGUAUUUUUGACAAACCAAUACAUUAUUUAUGGUAGAAGCCCUAUCUUGACUUUCGAGAAGUGAUCAGCAAGAAAACAAAUUUACUUGCAAAGCAUCAAAAGCUUCCAUUUAUCUGAUAUAAUAAAGAGAUGUCCUUUUGUUACAAUAAAAAAUAGAAGUAUUAUACAUGAGGACAUUGCAAGUAGGAUUUUGCUACAAAAUUAAGUCGUAUUAAAAAAAUUAAGUCGUGUUAAAAAAUUUUUUAAAAAAAUUAACCAUAUGUUGAGUAAUAAUCUUCUUUAUUUUUAAGAGCUCAUCUAGUGCUGAUCAGACAGAGUUAAUCCUAUGAGGAAAGUACCAGAAGGAGCCAUGAAAAUUGAUUGCCUUAAUAGAGGUGCUCAUUUUACUAAAGGUUGUAUAGAAAUAAAUUGUAACUUGUAAGCCUUAGGAGAUAUUUUAAAGACAUGGUGAGAGAAUCAUUUAAAACAGCAGAUUGCUUAUUUGAAGCAGUCCUUACUAUGGGUUUUGCUGAAAAGCUUACAUUAUGCUUGAGCUUUGCCCUUUAGGAAAACAAGUCUAGUGUUAAGGACAUUAACUAAGGACACAGGGAUCGGGGCUCAUUGAGAAUUGUGGAGACAAGAGGCAUAGAUCAAGCGGAGGAUACUAGCUCUAGAAGUGGGGUGAAGGAGGUCCACUCAAUCUUGUACAAGGUAGGAUGGAUAAGAAUAAGGCACCGGAAACACUAAACCCUGGAAUUCCAAGAUCCAGUGAAGGUGGGAAGAGGGGUGUUUUAAUACCUCAUAUAGGAUGUGAAACACCCUGCUGCUCAUUCUAUGAAACCGCAUCAAUUUUAAUAAACUAUUUGAUAAGCCAUGUUUAGAUCUAGUAUAUCCGCAUCAGUAGUUUUCUAAAGAAGAUUUAACUUCUUUCCUUUGCUUUAUUUAUAUUUAAAAGUUUUCAUUUGUGGCUUACACACACCACACUACAACCUGGGCAGUUUAUAAGAAGAGUUGAAAAGGAAAUGCUCAUUACUUUUUCUCAAGUCAUACAGAUCACCCUCUGAAACGGGUACGCUGUUUUUACAAAAACUGUAAAACUUAACAUUUCCUGUUCUAAUUGUAAUAAAUGGUUGGAACCAA